CAGAGACAAACAGCAUGUUUUUCACUAUGAUAAUUUUAAUUCCAGAAAUCGAGUGGGUUUCCCCCAUCCAAACCACUUUUUAACUUCUUCGUUGGGAAUAAGAAUUCAUUAACUCAGUCCAUAUGCUUUCUAUUUGCAUCUAUCGCACAAGUUAAUUUACUGGGAAAAUAGGGACCCAGGAUUGAGCCUCUAUUGUAGUUUCAAUAAAUGGGCGUGACAGAGACUUAACCAGUCGUCAUUUGGAACUUUUUCCUCUCAAGGGCUAGUCGCUAGAAACCUGUCCGUCGAUUUUCAACUAAACUAAAUAACAUUUCUAAUUCAUGGAGAAGUGUCGCUACUUUUUGAGGUUUCGUACAGCAUAAAUGUCUGCUCCACUUUAGACAUUUGGCGAAUCUGGAUUAAAAAAUGAGCAAAAUGCGGCGGCUUUACUUGGUUUUCCUCCUUAUCUUGGAGCUCUACUCUACAGCAGUAGCUCAAUCUGUCCUUGAGCUGUCACAAACAGGAGGCAGUGACAGGAAGAGGACACAGCGGGACAUCUCAUGCCAAAAACAACCGGGGUACCUACAUGACAACAUCUGUUGUUUAUACUGUCCAGCUGGUACAUAUGUGAAAGAAUCCUGCACACGUGCAUUUGAGAGAGGAGUGUGUGAGACCUGUGACUUUGACACAUACACAGAACAUGAAAAUGGACUGCCACAGUGCUUAAAGUGCACUAAAUGUCGCUCAGAUCAGCUGACCAACAGGGCAUGCACCAUCACUCAGGACACAGAGUGCCAGUGUAAACCUGGGUCAUUCUGUGCUUCUGACGAAGCCUGUGAGGUGUGCAAAAAGUGCUCAAGAUGUAAAGAAAAUGAGGUUCUGGAGAGCCAAUGCAACAGUACAUCCAAUACAAUCUGUACGACCCAGCCGGCCACAUCAAGCACCAUCUCCGGUACAACACCAAGCCAAGCAGUUCUGAUUGUGGGGGCAGUACUGAUUUGUACUGCUGUAAUUGCUGGUGUCUUUUGGAAGAUUCAAAAGAGCUAUAAAAAGAGAGGCUGUCUGAAUAAUCCCAGGGAGACACUGGUAAUUGUGGUGGACGAUAAAAACAGCCGUCCAAUUGAGGAGGAGCAAAACAACAGUAAUGCUUUGCUGGAUGGUAAACAUCUCCGCCCCUUGCUGGGGCAGACCCAGGCGGUGGGUGCCAAUGUCUCCCCCCCCACUGACGAUGAGGACAAUGGACUGGGCGACAGCCUCCCCAACACCGCCAACUCCUCCCAGUCCAGUUUGUCUGCAAUACCCUCAGCUCCCCUUCCCAGAUCUUCCCUGCUUUCCAGCCCUUUGGCCAACAGGCGGCUUGACAUUGUGGCUAGGGAUGAUCAUCUUCUCAGAAAACUUGCUCCUUUAAACGGCGAUGAGUCCUUGAAGAAAUGUUUUGAACUCUUUGAAGAGCUGGAUGUUUACCACCAUAAAAGAUUCUUCCGGCAUCUUGGACUCAGUGACAACGCUAUAAAUAGUGUUGCCCAUCUUCAUCCUGAAGACAAAGUCUAUGAACUAUUGAAAGUAUGGUUGGAAAAGUUUGGCAUGCAGGCUGACAUGAACAACCUAAUAGAAGCAUUACUUCAUUUUGACCAAAGGUUAUCAGCAGAAAAUAUUAUUUCUAAAGCCAUUGAAAAAGGUUAUUAUGCAUAUGCAGAAAAGUGAAUGUCUUCCAGAUUCUAGAGUUCUGGGGAAAAAUACAAAACACUGUAUGCCAGUCAGAACGGAGACAUUUGUUUCUGGUUGAAUGUUCUCAGGUACUUGUGACAAGCCUAUUGUUGGGCUCUUGAGCAUUCCCUUUUUACAGUUUUACAGAAUCUAUUGGUCAGCCAUGCACAGGCUAUCAACUGUAAAAGUAUUUCAUGGAUGUUUAGAGGGACCACUCAACUGCAGGGGAAGGCAAGAAUAUACACUGGAUUGAGUCUACUCUGCUAUAGAGAGUGUGGUAAACAGGACAUAAUUCUAAUGCACUGAUCAUGACAUGGGCCUCCCUGAAUGUUUUUGUCAUCAGGUCUCUGGUCAAAAGUAAUGCCCUAAACUGGAAAUGGGGUACCAAGUCAGAUGUGCCACCCACUGGUGUAGUCUGCAAACAGUGUUAAACACAUGCUGGUUUGUGUGUUUGGGAUUUAAAAACAAAUACAAUUUAUUUGUACUGGUAUUUAUUUGUACUGAUGCUGAAUGUGUCCAAACUGGACUUUCUCACUUUUCAAUAAAGGUGCACUCUGGUUAUAUGAUCAUGUAUCUGAAACCUCUUUCCAGCUGAAAAGUCCCAGUGAGGGGUUUGGUAACUUUAAUGACUGAUCAUGUGCCUCAAGUGCAACUUUGCCUUAGUAACUCUAAUUGGUGUUUGCCUAAAGAAUGCUUAUGGCGGUUGAACUUCAUAUGCAUGAUAAUGCGGAAAUUCAAAUUUUGCUGCAUAAGCAAAUAUUGUUAAGAGAGAUUUUGCUUAAUUUUAUUAAAUGGAGAAUGUUAUUUUUAAGGGUGAAUGGAAUUUCCAUUUUAUGAAUUGAAAUGGUUCCACAAACAUCUCGUGAAUCUAGAGUGGAUAUUUCCACCUAUUGUAGACUAUUUAUGGAAAUAUGUUUCGCUGUCUACAUGAGCCUGUAAAUAUAUUUGGUGAUUUUAGAAUUGAUUUAUCAUAUUUUUCAACAAUAAUGACAUCUUGUCUUUUUUUUGACAAUAUCUACAUUUUUACUUCUCAUGUUACAGUUUACAGAACUGGUCUAUUGGACUUAGAUCCUAUGUGCAGUUGCCAGUGGCAGUGUUUAUUUUUUGUUAAUUAUUAUUAUAAUAUUUUUUCUUGUAUUCAAAAAUGAAUUUACCUGUGUUAUUGCUGGAAGUUAAAUGGUAAUGCUCAUGUUUUGAAAUAAAGGUUGGUUCUAUCUUU